AUAAACACACGUUUGGCGUUAAUUUGACAAAAGCUGUAGCCUUUCUAGCCUUGACCUCUUACUGGGUGAAAGGUGAUGAGAAGCGCUGCAUACACCACGAGCGGAGCAACAACACAAACUACCGCAAGCGCCUUCCUCUACAGUCUAGUCUAGAAAAUAGCCGCAACAUUAUUUUUAUUUUGAAUGGACGAGCGAAAACAACUUUUCACAUAUCGGAAUUUGCAGAAUAUCGCAAAAUACUAAAGUGUUUGUGGGAUUAAGUUGCUUCGAUCGGAUUGAAAACUGAAACGGACCUACAUUCGAGCCGUGAAAACAAUGCAACGGCCUCAGGGGCCAACUAUUUUAUAACUAACUAGUGCACUUGUUUCUGCAGUGACAACAUGGCUAACCAGGUGUCAGAGUUCCCCACUGAGCGGACGUUCCAGUACCAGCAUAGCCUGCCUCCUCUCCCUGUACCGUCUCUAGAGGGGAGCCUCGCCAAGUACCUGGAUGCAGUGCGGCCGUUUGCUACAGAGGAGGAGUACCAGGUGACUGCAGCCGUAGUGAAGAGGUUUGGAGAGGGCAUCGGCAAAGACCUGCACCAAAAACUACUGCAGAGAGCCAGGACACGCAGGAACUGGUUGGAGGAGUGGUGGUUGAAUGCAGCCUAUCUGGAAAUGCGUUACCCCUCCCAGUUGAAUGUGAACUUUGGAGGUCCUGCACCCUACCUAGAGCACUGCUGGCCUCCUACAGAGGGAGUACAGCUACAGAGGACCAGCAUAAGCAUGUGGCACACUCUACAGUACUGGGACCUGCUUCGCACGGAGAGGCUGGACCCUCAUAAAGCUGGUAAUGUGGUGUUGGAUAUGGACCAGUUCAGAAUGCUGUUCUGUACAUGUAAAAUUCCUGGAGUCACCAAGGAUACCAUCAUCAACUACUUUAAGACAGAGAGCGAGGGUCCAUGCCCCUCCCAUGUGGUGGUGAUGUGUAAGGGGCGUUUCUUCUCGUUUGAUGCAGUGUGUGACGGACACAUUCUUACCCCUCCAGAGCUGCUCAGGCAGCUGACCCAUGUGAAGCAGUGUUGUGAGGGGGAGCCUGCAGGUGACGGAAUCGCCGCUCUCACCUCAGAGGAGAGGACACGCUGGGCUACGGCCAGGGAGUAUCUGAUAGAUAUAGAUCCAGCCAAUAAGACCAUCUUAGAGACCAUCCAGAGCAGUCUGUUUGUGGUUUCACUGGACGAUGCUAAACCCUACGCUACUGCAGAGAACUACACACCAGUGUCCCUGGAGGUGCUGACAGGAGACCCCACCAUCCGCUGGGGAGACAAGUCCUACAACUCCCUCUCCUUCGCCAACGGAACCUUCGGAUCCAACUGUGACCAUGCCCCAUUUGAAGGCAUGGUGCUGGUAACUCACUGUUACUAUAUGGAUCAGCAACUCAAAUCUACAGACGGCAAGUGGAAGGGCUCUGAGACGGUGCGGCCUAUGCCUCUUCCUGAAGAGUUGGUCUUCACUGUGGAUGACAGAGUCAGGAGGGACGUUGCACAUGCCAAGCAACAGUACUUUGAGACUACUCAGGACUUGCAGGUGGUGUGUUAUGCGUUCACCUCGUUUGGGAAAGCAGCCAUCAAACAGAGGAAGCUCCACCCAGACACCUUCAUACAACUGGCCCUUCAACUGGCUUAUUACAGACAGCAUGGGAGGUUAGGUAGUUGCUAUGAGACAGCGAUGACCAGAAGGUUCUACCACGGUAGGACUGAGACCAUGAGGCCCUGUACCCUGGAGGCACAGAACUGGUGCCAUACCAUGCUCCUCCCUGCAGCCAGCGCUGAGGCUAAGAGGAAAGCCCUGCUGCUGGCCUUCAACAAGCACAACAAACUGAUGGCUGAGGCACAGAACGGAAAAGGUUUUGACAGACAUCUCCUGGGCCUUUACCUGAUCGCCAAGGAGGAGGGACUUCCUAUGCCAGACCUUUUCACUGAUCCACUGUAUUCCAAGAGUGGCGGGGGCGGUAACUUUACCCUGUCCACCAGUCUGGCUGGCUACACCACAGUUCAUGGGGUGGGCGCUCCCAUGGUGCAACAUGGCUACGGGUUCUUCUACCGCAUCAGUGAGGACAGGAUCGUGGCUUCCUGUUCAGCGUGGAAGUCCAGUCCAGAGACGGAUGCAGAGACACUGUUCCAGAACCUGGUUACCUCCCUACAUGAGAUGCUACAUCUCGCUACCACAGCGCAGCUCUAACACACACACACACACACGCGCACAGAGUUUCUAGAUGCCAGCCAAUAAUAACCGUUUAAUAUUGUCCAGAUCAAUGCAAAGGCAUUGUAACAAUGUGGCAGGUAGCCUAGAAGUUAGAAUUAGGUCAGUUACUGAAAGGUUGCUAGUUUGAAUCCCCGAGCCAAUAAAUCUUUCGAUGUGCCCUUGAGCAAGCCACUUAACCCUAAUUGCUCCUUUGCCAUGACCCUACUCUCCGGGGUUGUCUCGGGGGGAGUUGGGAUAUGCAAAAAAUACAUUUCCAAUGUGAAAUAGGACAAGUAUAAGCACCCACCAAAUUAUUAUUACAAUGCAGCCCUUGAUUGUUUUCUUGAAUGUUUACAAAAAACCCAUUAUUUGUUUAAAUGCAGCUCAACAAAUGUGUUUAUUUUGCACUUUAAUUAAUGUAAUUCUCUGUGAUUUUGUGCAGCAGCUAGAUUGGGAAUUUCCUGUUUUAAAAUGUAUUGAUUGAACUUCCUACCAUGAUUCCACAAAUUCAGGUAAUGCCUCCUUGUUUUGGCCUGUUUGCUUCUGUUUCGUUCCUAGUGAAUAUGACUCAAGACUAAGAGUAGGAAACGUCCCCUGGCACUAGAA